AUUACCAUCCCGGUCCAGGUUCUCGUUUCGGUUGCUGUUUUGGUACUGAUGGUUGGUCCAUCGAGCAUCGCUGGCUGGGCAGUUGUGGUUGGAUUUGUUCCCAUGCAGAUGUGGGCCUCCAAGUAUAUUGUCCGUCUCCGCAAAAGCGUGGCCACAUAUACAGACAAGCGCAUGCGCGCAACACGUGAAGCACUUCAGGGAAUGAAGGUUAUAAAGUUUUUUGUCUGGGAAGACUCGAUUGCCAGCACUAUCCAGGGGUUCCGCAGCCAGGAAACCAAGGCUCAUUGCCUACAUCAACCUUGCACGCUACGGGCUUAUCUCGCUUGCGCUCAACUCUCCUGUACUGGCAUCGAUCCUGACAUUUGCCAUACUCACUGUGUUGGGUGGAAGGCUGCAUGCGGGUGCUGUGUUUGCUGUCAUCGGCAUUUUCAACUCGAUGUCAGUGCCGCUGAGCUGGCUGCCAGUCGCACUUACCGAAACUCGCAAUUCCAAGGUGCCAUUGGAGAGAAUCACCGAUGUAUUGCUCGAGGAGGAGCUCGAUCGACCAGUAGUCCCACAACGUAGACUAGAUGUAGCGAUCCGCAUAUCUCAUGGCCGCUUUGCCUGGAGGUACCAAGCUGCCCUAGUCAGCUCGGAGAACCCCGACUCCUCUCGCGAAUCCCGCAUUCAGCAUCUGGGUGGCCCUCGCAAGCGCAAUGCCGGCCAGGAUGAAAACAGUCU